GAAUGUGGGUUUAAAUUUCCUUAUCACGUUGAUGAGAAGAUAACUGUGCUGUUUUUACUUUUGACACACAAAUGUUUACUCAGUUUAUUUUGUUGUUGGAAGACCACCAGAUGUAAAACUCAGGACCUCAAUCACUGACUUUGGAUGAAAUAGAAAGAUACUGGUCUGUCAAAAAUGUUGUCAACUCCUUUUAAAAAUGUUAUUAAGUCUCUGUUGACCAUCAUCUCUGUUAUGCCGUAUGAUCUCUCUGCUGACCCCUGCAACAACUACACUGUGCUGGACAAUGCUUGGAGAGCCACCAACUAUUCCACCAAUUCUUCCUCCUACAAUUGUGACACCUAUGUCAACUGGGCCGGCUGGUAUCGGCUUUACCUUAAUGGCCAAAAUGUCAAAAUGACAGAUACAUGCAUUUUUCGUUCACUGUGUGGUACUGAUAUCCCACUAUGGCUAAGAGGUGGACACCCAAAACCUGAGGAUGGAGUGGUCACCAGAGAUGUUUGUGGUUAUGGGUCCUAUUACUGCUGCUAUUUUCAGUCAUAUCCCAUUAGAGUCAAAGCCUGCACAGGUGGUUAUUAUGUCUAUGAGUUCGUUACACCAACUACAUGCGAUAUGGCAUACUGUGCAGAUGUUAGCAGUGUUAACUCAAUCAACAUAACAAUCAGUUCAACAGACCCCUGCAACAACUACACUGUCCUGAACGAUUCAAGAAGAUCCACCAACUAUUAUUCUUCCUCCCCCAUAUGUGACGCCUCUGUCAACUGGGUCGGCUGGUAUCGACUUUACCUUAAUGGCCAGAGCACUCGAAUGCCAGAAACAUGUGUUGCAGUGAAUAGAUGUGGUACUUCUGCCCCACUGUGGCUAAAUGAUGGACACCCCAAACCAGAGGAUGGAGUGGUCAACAGAUAUGCUUGUGGUCAUACGCAUGAAUCCUGCUGCUAUAUUCAGUCAGAUCCCAUUAGAGUCAAAGCCUGCACAGGUGGUUAUUUUGUCUAUGAGCUUGUUAGACCACCUUACACCUGCUCUGCAUACUGCGCAGAUGAUCUCUCUACUGACCCCUGCUACAACUACACUGCGCUGGACAACGCUUGGAGAGCCACCAACUAUUCCACCAAUUCUUCCUCCUUCACGUGUGACAGAAAUGUCAACUGGGUCGGCUGGUAUCGGCUUUACCUUAAUGGCCAAAACGUUCGAAUGCCAGAAAUAUGUGUUGUUAACAAACGGUGUGGUACUGACUACCCACUGUGGCUAAAAGGUGGACACCCAAAACCCGAAGAUGGAGUGGUAACCAGAUAUGUUUGUGGUCACUGGCAGAAUUACUGCUGCUAUUAUCAGUCAUAUCCCAUUAGAGUCAAAGCCUGCACAGGUGGUUAUUAUGUCUAUGAGUUUGUUACACCAACUACAUGCAAUAUGACAUACUGUGCAGAUGUUGACAGCAUAAACAAAACCUACAUAAGUGUCACGCCAACGAUCACCACACCUGGUUUAAAUAUAACACAGCUUACAAAUUGCACGGGAACUUCUUGCGUACAGAAUCUCCUUGGCCAGUUAGAGAAUAUUACACUUCUCAAUUUAACGGAUGUGACCAAACUUUUGGACAUGGUCUUCAAUACUUCAGAGGAGAUUAACUCAUCAUCCAGUGACACAAAGAAACAAGCGUCAGAUGUGUUAAAAGCUAGUGAGAAGCUUGUGUCCAUGUUGGUGAAGCCAACAAACACCUAUGAAAAUUUCAGUUUCACUCGUGCAGCUGUGGAGGCACAAGUCUUCAUGGUUGGACCGCAGGCCACCUUAAAUAAAAUCCCUGAGCUCUACACAACAAAUGCUUCUAUAGACAUUGAUCUCAUUGGGAUUGCCAAAAACAACAACGGAACAGCUGCCGUGGCUUUCAUGAGCUACAACACAAUGGAGGACCUACUGAAACCAGACUUCUUAAACACAUCAGAUGACACAGUUAAAACCAUGAUGUCCACUAUCAUCUCUGCUACUCUUCCUAAAACUAUCAACACAACCCUCACCAAACCAGUCAACUUCACCCUCAAACACAUCAGAGAGUUUGUAUCUGGAGGAAAUCUUUCCUGUGUGUACUGGAACAUCAGUGAGUGGAUUGUAGAUGGUUGUUCUGUUGUAAAGACCAACAGCAGCUACACCGUGUGUUCAUGUGUUCAUCUGUCAACAUUUGCUCUCAUCAUGCAAACCAGCAGAAGCCCACCAGAGUUAUUUUCUCAGGAUGAUCCCCUGAUUGAGAUGGUGAAUUUGGUGUUUGUGAUCGUGGGUCUGGUGUUUCUUAGUUUGGCUCUAUUGACUUUUGCUUUCUGUCGAUGGAAACCUGGAGUGAACAAUGUAGCUCGAAUCAACCUCUGCAUCAGUCUGCUAUCUGCUCAUCUUCUGUUCUUACUCACACAACAAUUCAUCAAGCUCAUAAAACCUCACAAGGAGUUGUGUGCUGUGAUAUCAGGAGCUCUUCACUUCUUCUUUCUCUCCUGCUUUGUGUGGAUGUUCAUUGAAGCUGUGCUGCUCUUCAUCUGUGUGAAGAACCUAUCACAGAUCAGCUCCAAACAGAGGGUGGUGCUUAACAGUGGAUUCUUGAUUGUGAUUGGAUAUGUUAUUGCUUUUGUUAUAGUGGGCGUGUCUGUUGGAUUGGUUCCUGAAGGUUAUGGCAGCGAACAAUGCUGGAUUAAACAGGAGAGAGGCUUCAUCUGGAGUUUUCUGGGACCUGUUUGCUUUAUUCUUGCAAUAAACACAAUUCUCUUCAUCAAUAUCAUCAUCAGUCUAAACUCAACUCUCAAAAAGCUCAACGCUGAAGUUUCACAAAUGAAACAAACCAAGAUUAUGGUUUUUAAAACUCUGGCCCAGUUUGUGAUUCUUGGUUGUCCAUGGAUUCUGGGUUUCUUCACUGAGAACAAUCAGAUGAUGAAGAUUCUCUUCCUGAUCCUGAACUCACAGCAAGGAACCUUCAUCUUUCUGGUCUACUGUGUCCUCAGUGAUGAGGUCAGACAGCAGUAUGUGAAGUGGAUGAGAGCUCUCCUUCCUUGACUUAAACCCAGAACCAUCAAAGUGCCCUCCAACAAACACUUAUAACUAAAUGCGUUAGGGUGAGGUUGAGAAACUGAUUUAAACACUGUUUUGUAGUUUAUAUUUACAUAAUCAAAAAGAAAUACGUAAAAAGCAACUUCAAAUAUAAUGUCACAUAUUCUCUUUUUCUAUAGCUGUCAGCACUUUUUUAUUUAUUUUUUUUAAAGUAGGGGUGUUAUCAUGAGCUUUUAUGUUUCUCCUUAUAUUGCCUCUAUUAUCCUACAUAAAUAUUUAGUUUUAAUAUAAGAAAUUACAAAAUAUGAGCUAUGCAGAGUUUGUUGUACAAUGACAGAUAAAAUAGAUGUUUCAGCAACACAUUUAUAAAAUAAUUCUAUCUUGCACAUUAAUUGUAUUCUCUUUUCUAUGUGUGAUUUGUGUAUUUGUCUUAUUUUGAUGAUUCAUCAUUAAAUGA